AUGGGAUUGUAUAUAAAAUCUAUACUUAUAUGUGUGUCAUUUUUCAUUAUCCUAUCAGGUGCUGAUGACCAGAAUAAGUUUAUCAACCUAGAUAUUUCGAAUGUAUCUGCAGAUUUCUAUGAAUUAAAAUCCCCAAAUUAUAAGAGAAUACUUCUGAAUGCUUCUCAUGAAUAUUCGGGGAAAUGUGUGGGUAAAGUGUCGGAUGGAACAAAUGAGAUUUUGGGACAGCCUGAAUCUAACGCCAGUAAGAGAUUUGUUGUUCUAGUAAAGUUUCCCAAGCAGGGAGAUUAUAACCCGGAAUUGCAUGAUAUAUUUAAAAAUGAAAAAGACCAAGGAUCAGGUGAUGUAGGUACAGAUUUUGAACUGAUAGUCGAGGUCCACACAUUAUUUAAAGAUGCAAAGUUGUUGGAUAGAUUUAAGAAAAAUGAUCAAAACCAAUAUGAAAGGUUCGAAUACGAUAAAGUAGAUCUUGAUAUUUGUGGAGAUAUAGUUAAAGAAGAUAUACGUGGAAAGAGCCAUGUUAAAAUCGCAAAAUUUAAAACUGUAGGAGAAAUAAAGUGUAAAGAUAAACUUUUGCUUGAUAGUCUGAAUGUAUUUUAUAGAGCUGUACUGGUACAAGAUGAUUCGUUUCUUGUUAAAACUAUACCAAAGUUUGGUAUUGUUAACCAAGAAACGUUUGUCGUCGACAAGAACAAAGAAUAUGCAUUUAGGAAAUCGCACGUAUUUACAAACUUAAGCUUUAAUCCAUCGAAAACAAACAAAUAUUCUAAAAUCGCAUCAUUGUGUGGAAAUGACUGCAUGUUCUUUGAUGGAUGUAACGAGAAUGUAAGAGUACUUGACGUGUUGGAUGAUUCGAAACAGCCACAAAAUGGAUCUCAAGGCAGAAUUGAGUAUCUAUAUAAAAACCCGAAUAGUUUGUGUAUUUCAGUUAAGACACAAGAAGUGAGAGGAGAUAAGUAUUUGACGGUUUUUGACCUUCAAAAGAACUCGGAAAUAUACAACGUUAAGGUUUUCAAAAAGACUGAAAAUGGAUACGUUGAACACGUAAAAAAACUAAUUGACUUCAAUGUAACGGAUUUUGCCGACCCAAAACCCUCGGAUGAACACUCUUACAAGCAUCUCGUGGAAAAAGAAGACUCUGUAGAUAAAAUUAGAGUGAGAUCAAAUGAUAUAGACUUCAGAAUUGGGAAGAUUUACUAUAAGAAUAAUCUUGUGAUAGAGGAAGGCGAAGGAGUUUUUAACAGGGAAGUUUACUCUUGUAAAGAUGGAAUUCUAGUAAGAGACGAAUGUUAUAAUGGAGAGUUCAAAAAGUAUUUAUUUAAACCAGAGAAACCAACUCAGGCUAGUUCAACUGAACAGGAUGGGUCAACAACUAGUGAGCCUACAAAGUUAAAAUUAGCAGUUGAAGACCCAGUUAAGGUAGAUUUGCAUAAAAUUACAGCCCAUGUUACCAAGUAUUUUACUGAUUCAAAAAAUAACCUGUUCGUAAAGCCGAGCACGUUCGUAGAUAAGCUGGGGAGUUUGAGCUACGACACGGUCAAUUUUUGCCCAAACAGGUUCUUCGUUUCAAGACAAUACUUGAUAAUGGAUAAUAAGCAUAUGGAACUUCAUUCCAUAACGAGGAGAGGUUUCAGCUUUUUCGAGACUUUCGUAAUGGUUAAUUCACUCAAGAAGAAUGACCAAGUCUUUGUAACUAAGGGUAAGGAACCAGUCCAGUUUGACGUUUCAUUGUUCUACGAAUCCGUUAGCAAGAAUAACUUUUCCAAUUUAUCCAACUUCGACAUAUGUGACUUGGGUGAUUACUACUUUGUAGGAAUUAAUUACAAGAAAAUAUUCACGCACGUUAUAGGAAACGUUACAAUUUGCAACGAUGGAGUUAUAACUCCUUUUGACAUGGACCUUACAUCCAGGUUUAUCGUACUGCCCAAAACAACCCAAUCGUAUAUUAUUCUCAAGGACUGUGAUUACUCAGACUGCUGGUUAAAGAUGUAUGCCCAGACUUCAAAGCAUGGAAUAAUGAGCAUAGAAAUACAGAAAAAACAAUCGAAUACAUUGGACCUGGCCAAAUUAUAUGAAAACGCCCCAAAACCUACUGAUUCAGACGGCAAUCCAACUCCUGUGGAAAAGUCGAGAGUAUUUACGUUCGACGAGUUUAUAGUAUUCAACUACGGAAUAGUGUACAAUGUAAGAGUAAAGGACGAGUUGACACAGAAAAUAGGAAAAGUAGUUUAUGGAGACACUGUCAUCGCUGAUGAUGAUAAUAACGUCUUCACCAGAAUGGUUAACGUUUCCUCAAAGCCUGAAACCGGAACGCUGAGGAUUCUUAAUAUAGAAAGGUGGGACAAGCACACAAAACUGUAUGAAUACUCUUUUGAUAGUGGAACAAAUCAAUUCACAUUUAAAGAGAACGAUAAGGCGGAGAUGAUUGUGGACAUUGAACCCCUGGCGAGGCAUAGCACACUCUUAAACGUGACUGAACAUAACGAAGUAUUGAGCUACAGCGUUCCUUGGAACGUCAGAGAUGAUCACACGUUUAAGGGGAUACAAUACUCAGAAUAUGAUUAUGAUAAUAAUAAGUUUAAUUCAACAAGCGUUAAGGACAAUAUGUCUCAAUCUCCUCUUUUUGUUAGGUUGCACAGGGACCCAGACGGUGACACCUCUGGAAAUAAAGUUGUUCUCGUGGUUGAAAACCACCCAGAAAAGAAAACUGCCGAAAAUGACAAAUUCUUCAAACAAAAAAAUGCAGCAAGUAAGGGAGCUAUUCUAACCUAUGAUAUUAAUAAUAAAACCUCGGGAAAUUUAAAUCAGUACCCCAAAGACUCUUAUCAUAGGAGAAAUUAUACCUCUCAUCACCACCCUUUUGAUGUUGAUUCUUAG